AUGCAUUCGCGAUUCGCAGCCAUUUUCUUCCUUCUAGCUGGUAUCACUCGUGCGCAGACUGGUCUUACCAACCCGAUCUCGGAAGACUGCGGUCCCUCGGUGGUAUGCAUCAAUAAAUAUGCUAAUGUACUCCCAUACCACUUCUUCCGCAAGCUAUCUACUGCUGAUGUCCCUUCGACUUUUGGCGACAUUACCUACGGCAAUGGUACUAGGUUGAAUGACGUCAAAUCAGCCGAUUUUCUUGUCUUCGACAAAGAACGCGGUCUCGAGGUCCUCGGCUCUAAGCCCAGCUACGAGUUCAUGUUCAAAGUUCCCGAGGUCGUACACGAAGCGCCUGUCUAUGUAGCCUCGCAGAACAAGCUUUACCUGUCCCAGUUGACGCCGGGAUAUCUCCCCCAGCUGGUCGUCGAUUUGAAUCAGGAACCACCAAAGCUUUCCGAGUAUCUCUCUAAUCCCCCUGUGUACGCUCCCAAUGGCGGUACAUUCCACAACGGCAAGAUCGUCUGGGGCGCAUCAGGUGGGAACAGGUCCAUCGGUGGCAGUGAGCAACGGCUGGGGUUGAGAACGGUAGACCCAAAGACGAACAAAUCGACAACCCUGGUCAACAAUUACUUUGGAUACUAUUUCAACACGAUUGACGAUGUUGCCGUGCAUCCAAACACGGGGGACAUCUGGUUCACCGACCCUGAUUAUUCAUGGUGGAAUUCCCUCACCGACACCGCUCCUCAGCUUCCAACUGCCAGCUACCGAUACAAUGCAACCUCUGGCGCUGUGUUCGUGGUAGAAGACAGCAUUACCCAGCCUAAUGGUAUCGCGUUCAAUCCGGAGGGUACGAUUGUGUACAUCAGUGAUACUGGCGCUGGAAGAAACACGGUUGACCCGAAAUUUGGCCAACACAAGAAUACCUUCAACUCAUCAGUGGGACACAGAACUAUCUACGCCUUCGACCUCAGCGAGGAUGGCACCCGCGCUAUGAACAAGCGACCUGUCUAUUUGUCUCCUGAAUACGUGCCCGACGGUCUCAAGGUGGCUGCAAAUGGGUACAUACUUACAGGAAACGGAAGAGGUGUAGAUGUCCUUGACUCUUUUGGUCAGCUCCUCCUGACGGUCCAGACCAACUACACCGUUCAGAACUUUGCUUGGACAGGUCCUGAACUCAAGACUCUCUGGUUGAUGGGCGCUGGUGGAAUAAGUAGGGUCGAAUGGGAGCUGGUAGGCCAAGAAUUGAAGUAA